CACCACAGAAGAAGAAGGUACGUCCUAGGGAUACCGUAUAGUACUAACCUGAAUGUCAAGCUACUCUUUUCUGUCAUAUCAACGUGAUUAUUUUCGGGUUGUAUGUUCUCUACAUUGUAACUAUUAUAUGUUUUGACGUAUUCAUACAUGAAUUGCACAUCGUGCGGAGACGUCUUUUUCAGUUCAAUAUAAACGUAGAGGCUGGCAAGAUAUUUCAACGCUAACCAUUGCAAAGCUAGUGAAGCUAACUAGCCGAUUUGGACAGGACGUUACACCAUGGAGCCCGAAGCACAAAUACGAAACCUACGGGACUUUCUGAUGGUCUACAACCGUAUGACAGAGAUCUGUUUCCAGAGAUGCACCAGUAACUUCAACUACAGAAGUCUCACCAUGGACGAGGAGCGCUGUGCAGACAGCUGUGCCGGGAAGCUGAUCCGCUCCAACCACCGUCUGAUGGGAACCUAUGUCAACCUGAUGCCGGGGAUGGUGCAGCGCCGCAUGGCUGAGAUGGAGAAGAAGAACGCUGAGCUGGUCACAGCAGAGGCUGAGGCUGCAGGUGCACUGGAGGGGACACCUGACUUGGCUGAUCAAGGCCUACCUAUAGCCACAACCGGGGGUAAAGCCUCCGCUCCUGCCCCGGGGACAAGUGAGGCUAUGACGGCUUCAGAGGUAUCAGUGAUGGCUGCCUCAGUCUUAAAGCCUGCUGUUUUAGAUUUCUCUGCAGACCUGGGUCCAGCUGCCUCACCCCCCACCCCCUCCUCCACCGAGGUUAAACUAGCAGCUGCCUCACCCUCCACCCCAGCCUCAGAACCACUGGUGCCUUCCUCCCUCUCCCAGGCUGUGAAUGGAGUAGGGCUCACCGGGCUGACUUCAGGCCCAAAUUUAGAGUUGUCCCCUGUUAGACAUGAUCAAUCCACAGUCACUGCUGCCCCCAGUGCAGCACCAAGUGGUCCCCACCUUAGUAGAUAACCAGGCACCAGUAAUGUUAGUUCCGCCCACAUUUACAUAUGGUGCCUGUAGAGGCGACACCAGGGCCUACAAUAGUGGCUCUUAUGGUUACACAGAGGUCAGCCCUAACCCCAGGCCCUGCCCUAACCCCAGGCCCUGCCCUAACCCCAGGCCCUGCCCCAGGCCCAGCCCUAACCCCAACCCCAGACCUAACCCUAGACCCAGCCCUAACCCCAGGCCCUAACCCCAGGUCCAUCCCUUACCCCGGCCCUAACCCCAGGCCCAGCCCUCACCCCAGGCCCCAACCCCAGGUACAGCCCUUACCCCAGCCCUAACCCCAGGCCCUGCCCUAACCCCAGGCCCUGCCCUAACCCCAGUUCCAUAACUAGCUCCAGUACAGCUUCAGUCAUAGUCCCAGCUCCUACCAGUGAUGUCCCUCUCUCCCCCAACCAUCCACCCUGACCACACAGGACUCUCAGCUGCCAUCUUGAGUGUAUGUGAUCUAUACAAUUGAACCAAGGAUCCUGGAGAACUACUGGAAGUGCAGGGUUUCAAUACAGCCCUGCCGAAACAUUGUAAUAAUCAAGGUCUUCAGUCAGCUAUAAUUGUCUGAAUCAAGGGUGUCACCUUACUGCCCUACAGGGUAAGUGUUUGGUCAUCAGCAAUACAGAGUAGAUAUGUUGAUGAUGAUUUUACCUUGGUGUUACAACACUGUAUUGGCACCAUGAUGGAAAAAUACCUUUCUGUCAAAUAUUAAACGAUUCUGGAGAGGAA